AUGGGUGAUAGCUUGGAUAAAAUAUUUUCUAAGAAGGAACGAUUUUUUAAAGAAAUAAUUGAAACAAAGUGCAUGUUUUUGAAGGAAUUAAAGAAUUGGGUUGGUACGAAUCGCAUAGCGAAAUUAAAAUUGAAAAAGGAUGUUCAGAAAGUAACACCCAAAUUGUUGAUAAAUCGGACUCGAUCAAGAGCUAGCCGUUGUCGAGUAUGCGGACUUCCAAUUGAAAAAAAUAUUUUAAGAGUAGGAUAUCCAACAAAAGAUCCUAGAGGAUAUUAUGGUUUCAUAAGUUGCUGGGUGCAUUUAGACUGCAGCAAAAAAAUAUUAUAUGCUAUUUUAUAUAACCAAGAAAAUGAGCCACACUUAAAGGCUUAUUUAAACAACUCGGAAAAAAAUGUGUGUGAAGGGAAAUAUAAUGCACAUGAACAGUUCAUAUAUAAAAAUAUAAAUUGGGAAUUUUUUUUUGGAGGAUUUGACGAACUGAAUGAUGAAGAAAGGGAUAAGGUAAAGGACACGGCGAAACCGUGUGAACUAGAAAAUGGUAAGGGAAGGAACAGUUUUGAAAUAUUGGUAAAUAAGGAAAAGGAAAUGUUUGACGCAAAUACUUUUACAAAACAAGAAAGUAGAUUUAUUGAAAAUAAAUUAACAAUUCCAAAAGAACUUAAAUUUGAUUUGUUGGAAUACCAGAAGGAAGGUGUAUCGUGGAUGAUCAAUCAGGAGCGCUCUAGCAUUAAAGGGGGAAUAUUAGCCGAUGAAAUGGGUAUGGGUAAAACAAUACAGGCAAUAACGUUAAUUUUGUGCCAGAAAAUUAAUAAGUUAAACGAUGAAAAGGAAGAGACGAGUGUGUGCAGCAAGGAAAAUAUCAAAGUUGGAGUGAAUGAAGAAUGCGAAAUAAAUGGUACGAACAAUGUGAAGGGGGAGUCUGACAACAGUGUAAUCUUUAUUAGUAGUGGAGAUGGAACUACACUUGAAAAGAAAAGCAGCGGUGAAGAUGGUUCAGAAAAUGGGAUUAAAGUGAAGCAGGAAAGGUUUAGAAAUUCCAGUGUUAAGGCAGGAGCGUCGAACAAGUGUAAAGUUAAGACAGAAGAUUCGAGCAAGUGCAAAGGUAAGACAGCAGCUUCGAGCAAGUGUAAAGUUAAGAGAGAAGCUUCGAGCAAGUGUAAAGAUAAGACAGCAGCUUCGAGCAAGUGUAAAGAUAUGACAGAAGCGUCGAACAAGGGUAGUGCAAAGAAUGGAAUUAAAAACAACUCUGUAGACAUUGAAAAGAACACGUUUGAAGGGCAGACGCUUAUUAUAGCACCUAUCGCAGCUGUGAUGCAGUGGAAAUCAGAAAUAGAAAAGUUCAUAGCAGGAGAUAUACUGAAAGUGCAUGUUUAUCACGGUAGUAUGAAAAAAAUAUCAUUUGACGAAUUAAAAAAAUAUGAUAUUGUUAUAACAUCAUAUGCAAUGGUAGAAGCACAGUUUAGAAAAAUAAUUAACAAGUAUAAAAUAUCAUGUGAAUAUUGUGGGAGGUUAUAUUUACCUAGCACAUUAGUAAUACAUAAGAAAUACUUUUGCGGCCCAGAUGCUGUAAGAACUGAAAAAUUAAAAAAAAGGAAAAAAAAAAACAAAGAUACUGCACUUGUAGCUAUGAAAAAAUUUGAUGAUAAUUUUGUACCUACCCCUAGAAAUGUUUUAUUAGAAAUUAUGAACGAAAAUAAAAAUGACAGUAAUGAAACUAAACUGGCACAGAAGAAUUCCAAAAAAAAAUUAAAAAAAAAUAAUAUGUCUCAGGCAGAGCUGAAUGUCCAAGCAGAUGGAAAAGAGAUUAUUGUGUUAAGUUCAGAAGGCUACCAAGAUGAUAAUGAUGAUAAUAAUAAUGAUGAUGAUGAUGAUGACAAUAGUUCCUCCUCGAGUAAGUCCAUUUUUUCUCCCCUUACUCGAAAAACAUCUAGUAGAAUAAUUGAUCUGUGCAAUUUAGGUUUUGAAAAGGAUAUAAUUGAAAAAAGUGUGGAAAAUAUAUACAAAGGAAAAGGGAAAAAUAAAAAAAAUGUAAAAUGGAAUCUAGUUAUAAAAGAUGUACUACAAAAUGAUUCAUAUACAGUAGACAUGAACAGCAAAUGUAAGGAAAUUCUAAGGCAAAUAUAUUUAAGUGAUACAAUUAUAGAAAAUGACCAUCUUAAAAAAUUAAACAUGGGAGAACUCAAAGUUGUUCUUAUAACAUUGGGGAAACAUGUUUUUGGAACAAAGGUUGAGUUGAUUAACAGAAUUUUAGUAUCAACUAAAUAUAUAAGAGAAGAACUAAAAUUAAUAUCAGGGGAAAAAAAUAUAGAAAUACUUUCAAAAUCUGAAGAAAGUAAAGAAAAAAAAAAAAAAAAAACCUUAAGUGUUUGUAGAACAAGGAGUAGUAUUUCAAGUGCACCAGAUUUUGGAAUUGAGGAAAAUCAAAUGAAUGGCGAUAAUGAUGAGCAGGAGAAAAAAGUCAAGAAGAGUAAAAGUGUUACAGUACAAUUGAAAAGGAGGAAAGGCAACUAUGUUAGGAGAAAAACAGCUAAUGGAAGUUCUUCUACUUUGAAGAAAAAAAACAAAGAGAUGAAGCAAAAGGAAAAAAAAAGAAAAAAUUCUUUCGUAAAAGGUGUUAAUAAAUUGAAGAAGAGGAGGAAGAAAAAUGGAACCAGAGGAAAAGAAAGGGACGAUAGCGAAAGCGUAAGUGGAACAUCAGAUGAUAGCGAUGAAUCGUUUAAGAUAGAACAGAUAGAGGAGGAAUCGUCUUCUUCCUGGAUUGGUGAUAUGAAAAAAGAAGAGAUAAACGAUUCAGGCGAUUCAUACAGUUCGUACGACUCGAUAAUUGUUGAAAGGAUGAAAAAUAAGAGGAAAGAACAGAAACUAGCAGAAACGAGCAUAUUUAAUGAAAGUGCAUUGCAUAACAUACAGUGGAAUAGAAUAAUACUAGAUGAAGCACAUAGGAUAAAGAAUCGAAAUACAUCCACAACACAGUCUAUUUUCAAUUUAAAAUGUUCAGGUUAUCGAUGGUGUUUAACAGGAACACCAUUACAAAAUCGGAUAGGAGAAUUAUAUAGUUUAAUUCGAUUUUUAGAAUUUUAUCCAUAUGCAUAUUAUUUCUGUUCAAAAAAAGAUUGCAAAUGUUUAUUAUUAAAUUAUGAAAUGAGAGAUAAUAAAUAUUGUUACAUUUGUAAUCAUUCAAGAAUUAAUCAUUUUAAUUAUUUUAAUAAAAGGAUUUUGAGACCUAUUCAGCUAUUUGGGUACAAUGGAGAAGGGGUGACAAGUAUGUAUUAUUUGAAGAAUGAAGUUUUAGAUAAAAUAUUAUUAAGAAGAACUAAAGGAGAACGAAAAAAUGAUAUAAAAUUAAAACCAUUAAAUAUUAGAAUAAGAAAGGAUAAAUUAUCCAAUGAAGAAAAGGAUUUUUAUGAAUCAUUAUACAAACAAACUUCAACACAAUUUGAUACAUAUGUAAAAUCAAACACAGUUUUGCAUAAUUAUGCACACAUUUUUGAUUUGCUUAGUAGACUAAGACAAGCAGCUGAUCAUCCUUAUUUAAUUUUGUUUGGAAAUUCAUUUCUUAGUGAUCCAUCUGGAAAAUUUAUAAAAAAGAAUUCCACUAUCAUUUCGGCUAUUUCAAAUGAUUAUGUGUGUGGUAUAUGUAUGGAAAAUGUUCCAAAAAAGAGUAAUAUAAAUUCGAAAUGUGAUCAUCAUUUUCACAAAUCAUGUUUGAAGCAGUAUAUAGAAAGUUUUCAAGAAGAAAAUAAUUCAAAUAUUCAUAAAGAUGGAUGCCAAGACGAAAUAUGGAAUGGAACAACUCUAACAAAGACACAGACUUAUCAUUUUUCAAACGAAUCAGAAGAAAGAAGAGAACAUUGUCUACAUGAUAGGAAUGAAAUUGUAUUUAAUGAUGAUCUUAGCUUGAGUAAUAGCACCAAUGAUGCGAAAGAAAAAAGAAAAAGAGCCAAUUCAAUUUCUGUAGUAAAAUUUAAAGAUAAAGAAAAAUCAAAAUUUGUUAGUUUAGUGAAUAAGAAAGACGAAAAUGUAAAGGAUUUACCUCUUGGAUGUCCAGUAUGUUUUGUCCCACUAACUGUUGAUUUUAAACUUUUAAAUGAAACUGAGGAACUAGAUGAUGAAGAAAUUAUUAUAUGUAAAGAAGAAACGACAUCCAUUAAUAAAAGUUUUAUAAAUCGAAUUAAUACCCAGGAAUAUAAAACUAGUACAAAAAUAGAAGCGGUUUUUGAAGAAGUUCAAAAUGUAAUUCAUACAACGGAUGAUAAAUGUUUAAUAUUUUCUCAGUAUUGUUCAAUGCUAGAUUUAAUUGAAUAUCAUUUGAAAAAGCACAAUAUAAUAUGUUCCAAGUUACUGGGAUACAUGUCCAUGGUAUCCAGAAAUAACAUAUUGUAUAAUUUCAAUGAAGACAAGCAACUAAGAGUUUUGCUUAUCAGUUUGAAGGCAGGUGGAGAGGGAUUAAAUUUGCAGGUAGCCAAUAGAAUUUUUAUUGUAGACCCAUGGUGGAAUCCAGCAGCAGAAUUACAAGCUAUUCAAAGAGCUCAUCGAAUUGGCCAGACAAAAACUGUGUAUGCUACUCGUUUCAUUAUAGAAAACACUGUUGAGGAAAAAAUUGUGCAGUUGCAAAAUAAGAAGCAGUUGGUCUUUGAUUGCACCAUUGGUGAUUCGGGCAAUGCUAUGCAGAAGUUAACAAAGGAGGACUUGGCAUUUCUCUUUCACGCCUGA